GGUUCCUUUGUCGUGUCCGCAUCUCCGGUGCCGGUCUCUGUGCCCCAGCCUGUGCCCGUGUCCCCAUCCCCGUCCCCGUCCCCUGCCCGCCGCCCCGGCGCUGCCCGGUUCUCUGCGCUGCGCUCGCCCCGCCCGCCGGCUCCCGGCGGCCCCGGCGCUGCCGCCGGCGCUGUCCCCGCCGCUGUCCCCGCCGCUGCCGCCAUGUCACGGCCGGCGGUGCGGGUGCUGCGGCUGGGCGCGGUGCCGUACGCGGAGGCGCUGCGGGUGCAGGAGCGCUGCGUGGCGGCGGCGCGGGCGGCGCGGGGCCCGGCGGCGCAGCCGGGGCCGGGCGCGGCCCGGAGCGGCCCCGCGGCGCUGCCGGGCCCGCCGGCCGAGAGCGUGGUGCUGAGCGAGCCGGCGCGGCCCGUGUACACCUGGGGGCUGCGCGGCGCGCCGGGCGCGGCGGCGGCCGCGGCGCUGCGGGCGCGGGGCGCGGCGCUGGUGGCGGCGCGGCGCGGCGGCCACAUCACCUUCCACGGCCCCGGGCAGCUCCUCGCCUUCCCCGUGCUCGACCUGCGCCGCCGCCGCCUCCCGCUCCGGUCCUACGUGGCCGGGCUGGAGGCGCUGGUGCUGCGGCUGUGCCGCCGCCUGGGGCUGGGCACGGCCCGCGCCCUCCCGCCGCCCUUCACCGGGGUCUGGAUGGGCGACAGCAAACUCUGUGCCAUCGGUGAGCGGGGACGGCUCCGGGAGCGCGAGUGUGCACUGCGGGAACCACAUCACCUCGCACGGGCUGGCGCUGAACUGCUGCACCGACCUCAGCUGGUUCGACCACAUCGUCCCCUGCGGGCUGGAGGGCAAGGGGGUCACCUCGCUGAGCCACGAGCUGGGGCAGCACGUCGCUGUCAGUCACGUCCUCGAGCCCUUCCUCGACUCCUUCCAGGAGGUGUUUGACUGCACUUUGGUCUCUUCAGAAGACCCCGGGGAUUAGGAUUGCUAUGGUGCCUUGCCGGGUGUUUUGGCAGAGCCACGGCACAGCCCCGGGGUCUCUGCUGUGGGACGAGUUCUCGUGCCUUUGCCUGUGGAGUGGACAGUGGCAGAGGGUUUCAGAAUGCUGCUUGAACAUCCAGACCUCCACUGGGGCCGUUCUCUCCAGCCCUGUGAGUCUCCAUCCCUCAGCUGAGAUCUCCAUGG